CAGUCAGACCGGAGACACCGGGGACCGGGAGCCGCUCAGACCGGAGGCACCGGGGACCGGAGGCCGCCCAGAGCGGAUACACUGAAGAGCGAGAGCCGCUCAGACCGGAGACUCCCGAAACUGGAAGCUUCUUACAUCACCGAUUUGUUGUAUUUGCACCGGAGACUCGGGGCCGUUUAACCUCCCGUUUUCUGGGUAACGAUCUCCACUCAAGAGUGAUGGGUGUGUGAAUCCCGACUGAGGAUGUGGCUUCUCCUGUGGGCGACCUGCUGGGGGCUGCUGGGGGCAGGGUUUGCUCUGCAGAUCCAGUGCUACCAGUGUGAAGAAUUCCAGCCGGAUGACUGCUCGGCCCCGGAGUUUAUCGUCAACUGCACGGUCAACGUUCAGAACAUGUGUCAGAAGGAAGUCCUGGAGAAGAGCGAUGGAACGCUGUAUCGCAAAUCAUGCGCAUCGUCUGGAGCUUGCCUCAUGGCCUCGUCAGGGUACCAGUCCUUCUGCACCCCGGGCAAAGUGAACUCUGUUUGUAUCACCUGCUGUAAUACUCCUCUCUGCAAUGGACCCAGAGCCAAGAGGAAGGGGAAUUUGGCAACAGUCUUCCAUGGGGGAUUCCUGGCCCCGGCUCUGGCACUGUUUGUGACCCUGAUAACCUUGUAACCUGGAACCUCUCUAGAAGCAGCCCUGUUCUUCUUCGUUGGGGACAAGGACGUGAUUUGUUUUCCAAAGCAAAAAUGACAGCUCACCAGAAAUAUAUUUUUGGUUAUAGAUGGUUUGGCUGAUUAAACUUUGUGCGCGGUUAUAAUCUUCA